ACAGUUCCGUCACGUCGUCCAUUUUCACAGAAACCGCACAUGGUAUCCCGCCGGUCGAAGACCGUCAGCCUCCCGUUCUUCUUUGCAGUAACUUCGCGGUCACGAGAAAGCCCAUCUCGCUAAACGUAUUAAAUGCAAGAAACGGUGGAUAUGGUGGACGACCCCGAAUAUGAGGAAGAGGAGCCCUCCUUUAGCGACCCGGAGGACUUCGAGGAUGACGUCGAUGACGAGGAACUCCUUGAAGACAUCCUGAGGGAGAAACCCCAGGAGGCUGAUGGCAUCGACUCUAUGGUGGUGGUGGACAACGUGCCACAGGUUGGUCCGGAGCGAUUGGAAAAACUCAAGAAUGUCAUCCACAAGAUCUUCUCCAAGUUUGGAAAGAUAACCACCGAGUUCUAUCCAGAGACCGAUGGCACGACCAAAGGGUAUAUAUUUUUGGAGUAUGCUUCACCCAGCCAGGCUCUGGAGGCGGUGAAAAAUGCAGAUGGAUACAAACUGGACAAACAACAUACAUUUAGGGUCAACCUCUUCACCGACUUCGACAAGUACAUGAACAUCAGUGAUGAGUGGGAAACUCCCGAGAAGCAGCCCUUUAAAGACUUUGGUAAUAUGCGUCAUUGGAUCGAGGACGCUGACUGUCGGGACCAGUACAGUGUCAUCUACGAAGCUGGUGAGAGGACAGCCAUAUUCUCCAACGACGCCAAAGAUCCAGUCAUCUCUGAAGAGAGGGCGCGCUGGACAGAGACGUACGUGCGCUGGUCCCCCAAAGGCACUUACCUGGCCACCUUCCACCAAAGGGGCAUUGCUUUGUGGGGCGGCGAGAAGUUCAAGCAAAUUCAGAGGUUUAGUCAUCAAGGGGUGUCCUUGAUCGACUUCUCUCCCUGUGAAAGGUACGUCGUGACUUUCAGUCCGUUGAUGGACACCAAAGAGGACCCACAGGCCAUCAUCAUCUGGGACAUUCUGACCGGUCAGAAGAAGAGGGGUUUCCACUGCGAAAGCGCCGCACACUGGCCUAUAUUCAAAUGGAGCCACGAUGGAAAGUUCUUUGCCAGGAUGACACCAGAUACGCUGAGCAUCUAUGAGACUCCAUCUAUGGGGCUGCUUGACAAGAAGAGUCUAAAGAUCAGUGGAAUCAAGGACUUCUCGUGGUCACCGGGCGACAACAUCAUCGCGUUCUGGGUACCAGAGGACAAGGACAUCCCGGCCAGGGUGACUCUGAUGCAGCUGCCCUCACGCCAGGAGAUCCGUGUUCGCAACCUCUUCAAUGUGGUAGACUGCAAGCUGCACUGGCAGAGGAAUGGUGACUAUCUCUGUGUGAAAGUAGACAGGACUCCCAAGGGAACACAGGGCGUGGUCACAAACUUUGAAAUCUUCCGCAUGAGAGAGAAGCAAGUUCCUGUUGAUGUGGUGGAGAUGAAGGAGAGCAUUAUUGCAUUCGCGUGGGAGCCUAAUGGCUGUAAAUUUGCUGUCCUGCAUGGGGAAUCUCCCAGGAUCAACGCCUCGUUCUACCAUGUCAAAAACAACGGCAAGAUCGAGCUCAUAAAGAUGUUUGACAAGCAGCAGGCUAACAGCAUCUUCUGGAGCCCUCAGGGACAGUUCUUGGUUCUGGCUGGACUCAGGAGUAUGAAUGGCGCGCUUGCCUUUGUGGAUACUUCGGACUGCACCUUGAUGAACAUAGCGGAGCACUACAUGGCCUCCGAUGUGGAGUGGGACCCUACCGGACGCUAUGUGGUCACUUCAGUUUCUUGGUGGAGCCACAAGGUGGACAAUGCUUAUUGGCUGUGGACAUUCCAGGGUCGCCUUCUUCAAAAGAACAACAAAGACCGCUUCUGCCAGUUGUUGUGGAGACCCCGACCGAAUAGCCUGCUCAGUGCAGAUCAGAUCAAGAUGAUCAAGAAGGAUCUGAAGAAAUAUUCCAAGAUAUUUGAGCAGAAGGAUCGUCUGAGCCAGUCCAAGGCUUCCAAGGAAUUGGUGGACAAGCGUAGAGCCAUGAUGGAUGACUACCGUCGCUACAGGGAGCAGGCUCUACAGCUCUAUCAGGAGCAGAAAGACGCUCGCAUAGAACUCCGAGGAGGAGUGGACACUGAUGAGCCAGACAGUAAUGUGGACGACUGGGAGGAGGAGACGAUUGAAUUUUUUAUCAACGAAGAAAUCAUUCCCAUCGGAGAUCUGUAGUCCCUUACGCAGUCCAUCCGUGUAUUUGUGGAAGAGAGAAGAAUCAUUGACUGGAGAAGGAGGACGACCACACAGUGAAUUUUGGGGUUCAGCGUUAUAGGUUUCAACAUUCACUCCUAGUGACCUCAUCAGAACACGCCUAACGGAUCAACAGCCACAUUGAGGACUCAUCACACGCACCUGUUUUCUUUCCCUUGUGGAACUUAAUAUCUAUUGAAAGCGCCCCUUGUUGUUUAAUUGGAGUCAGUUGUGAUUCCUAACCUGGCCUGCUCUCAUCAUGCUGCCUUGUUGUGGGUGUGCAGCUCUGAGUGCCAAAGCAGUGGGGUGUCGAGGUGCUAAACUUGUAGCCUUGUUAGUAAAUGUGCUGAUGUGGCGCUAUAGUGGCCUGUAUCCUCCUCCUUUCAGACUAGCCUUUCACACAGGGAGGGGAUGCGCAGUGGGAAUAAAUUUAAAUAAACCCUUAAACCUGA